UGUUUCUUCGAUUGAAAUUUGCAUACUUACCGAAGUGCAGUAACUGGGAGCCAUUUAUUAAAAUAAAAUAAAGUAUGUAAUGAUGAUGAGAAAGUUGUGUCUUAAGGAAUAUUGAUAAAAUCUAGUAGAAGAAUAUUAAGAUAUCACCAUUUAACAGAAACACUCCCUCUUUCCGACGAUCUGAUUCUGAGCUGAAGGAAAGGAAACGUGACGAAAGAGAGAUAGAAUUGAAGUCCUCCGAUAAUGGCGGUGCGUCGGGUUUUAUGAAUUGCAAUUCAAUCAAUCUGUAUACAAUUCGAUGGAAAUGCCUGGAAGGCGAUCUAAUUACGCUCUGUUAAGCCAGAAUCCCGACGAACCGUUCUACCCCCAGCCGCCGCCAAAGCAGCCGAAAGUCUCCGUCGCUCCGGUGGCUCAGCAGCCUCUUUACUACGAAUCUCACUCCGGCGAGAAGAAUAAGUUGAAGUCCGGCAGAGCAGGAGCCUUUGACGCGAUUGAUCAAAGAAUGAUUCAGGGGCAGCCGCAGCCGCAGCAGAGCCGGAUUGCAACGGCGCCGUUUUUGGGGUCUUUCGGACUGCAGAGGCAGUCGAGUGAGAGCAGCUUCGGUGAGAGCUCGCUAUCGGGGGAUUAUUAUGUUCCCUCGCUCUCGAACCCCGAUGUCGGAAUUAGUAAUUUGAGUGAUGGAGUUGGUGAAUUCAGGGCCAAGGCGACGGAGGUGUCAUUCAGCGGCGGCGACGGCUCGUCGUCUUCGAAAAGCUGGGCUCUGCAGACGGAGGAGAGCUACCAGUUGCAGUUGGCUUUGGCUCUUCGUCUCUCGUCGGAGGCUACAUGUGCUGAUGAUCCUAAUUUCUUGGAUCCUGUGCCCGACGAAGCCGCCUGCGUUGCUGCUUCCUCACCUGCAUCUGCUGAGGCGAUUUCUCAUCGAUAUUGGAUAAAUGGUUGCUUGUCAUACUUCGACCGAAUACCUGAUGGAUUUUACAUGAUUCAUGGGAUGGAUCCAUACGUUUGGACUGUGUGCUCUGAUCAUCAGGAAAGUGGCCGCAUUCCUUCCUUUGAAUCAUUAAGGACUGUUGAUCCUGCCUUUGUUUCUUCAGUUGAAGUGAUUUCAGUAGAUCGACGAGGUGAUCCCAGCUUGAAAGAACUGCAGAAUCGAACUAAUAACCUGUCAUCUUGUUGCAUCACCACAAAGGAAGUUGUUGAACAGCUAGCAAAGCUAGUUUGCAAUCAUAUGGGCGAUGCAUCGUCUAACGGGGAAGAUAACUUGGUCACCCCUUGGAAAGAGUGCAGUGAUGAGUUAAAAGAUUGCUUGGGGUCAGUAGUUCUCCCUAUUGGCAGUCUGUCAAUUGGACUUUGUCAACACCGCACACUGCUAUUCAAAGUUUUAGCUGAUGAUAUUGGCUUACCAUGUCGAAUUGCAAGGGGGUGUAAAUAUUGUACUAGAGAAAAUGCUUCAUCGUGCCUUGUUCGCUUUGGGCUUGACAGGGAGUAUCUCGUUGAUUUGGUUGAGAAACCAGGAUGCUUAUAUGAGCCUGAUUCCUUACUUAAUGGUCCUUCUACUAUCUCAAUUUCAUCACCUUUACGCUUUCCACGGUUUAGGCAGGUGGAACCUCCAACUGAGUUUAGGUUGCUGGCCAAACAGUUCUUCUCGGAGAUUCAGUCUCUUAAUUCCGAGUUCGGUGAUUUUUUAGCAGGCGGAACUGCUAAUAAAGGAGGUACUGACAACUCUAUGCAUCCUAAACAAUCAGAGGGGAACUACAUGGAUAGAACCAGCUGCCUGCCCAGCUCAAGCAAUCGGGAGGAAAUUUCUAUUACACCACAAUGUGCCACAAAUUCUUGGAUCAAGGUUCAUGGUCUAGACCAAUUGCUUUCCAGACCAUCUGACAUUCAGGAAGUUAUGAGCUCCUCAAAUAAGUUCAAACACUCGAUCCCUUUGAAGCUUCUUCCUCCAACGGGGCAUGAAAAUCCUCAAAUUGUUCCCUUCAUGAAUCCAAGAAUGGAAACAAGUAAAAAUGCAAGGUUUGGUGAAGGAGGUCAAUUAGUCCCAUGUAAAUCAAGUGAAUAUACCUUCUAUGUGGAUGAUCUAAACAUUCCAUGGAGUGACCUUGUUUUGAAGGAGAUAAUUGGGGCAGGUUCAUUUGGAACAGUUCAUCGUGCUGAGUGGAAUGGAUGUGAUGUUGCUGUGAAGAUUCUCAUGGAACAAGACUUUCAUGCAGAGCGAUUCAAAGAGUUUCUACAAGAGGUGGCAAUUAUGAAACGACUGAGGCAUCCAAAUAUUGUGCUUUUUAUGGGUGCUGUAACAGAACCACCUAACUUAUCUAUAGUAACGGAAUAUUUAUCAAGAGGUAGUCUUUACAGACUUUUGCAUAAACCUGGUGCAAGAGAGGCACUAGAUGAGAAACGUCGGCUGAGCAUGGCUUAUGAUGUGGCUAAAGGGAUGAAUUACCUUCACAAACGAAAUCCUCCUGUUGUUCAUCGAGACCUGAAAUCUCCAAAUCUUUUAGUUGAUAGAAAGUAUACUGUAAAGGUCUGUGAUUUUGGUCUGUCCCGUUUAAAAGCAAACACAUUUCUUUCAUCCAAGUCUGCUGCUGGAACUCCCGAGUGGAUGGCACCUGAAGUGCUCCGUGAUGAACCGUCAAAUGAAAAAUCAGAUGUAUACAGUUUUGGUGUGAUUUUGUGGGAGCUGGCAACAUUGCAGCAACCUUGGGGUAACCUGAAUCCUGCACAGGUUGUGGCAGCUGUUGGUUUUAAAGGAAAAAGGCUGGAAAUUCCUCGAGAUGUGAAUCCAGAAAUAGCAGCUCUUAUCGAGGCCUGCUGGGCCAAGGAAUCCUGGAAAAGACCCUCUUUUUCCACUAUCAUGGAAUCUUUGAGACCACUGAUUAAGUAUUCACCGCCAACUCAGCCAGGUUCUGCUGAAAUGCCUUUGCUCAUGUGAAAUUGUGUGAAUCGAAGAAGGGUGGCUUUCUUAUCUCAUUCUGUUUGAUUUCAGAUUGGAAAAGUGCUCAUAUGAUGUAAGGUUUGUCUAUCUAAAACCUCCUCUUACUUGGUUAGCCCAGAAUGUGAACCCUUCAUAACUUUUAGCAUUCAAGUGUUCAGCUUGACAUAUCCACCCCCAACCAAAAAAAGAACCAGAAAAAGAAUAGAGUACCUUGAACAAUUUUUUAAUCAUUCUAGUUUUCUCAGGUCACCUAAUAGCUUUGACAUUGACCGAGCUAAUUGGGCACGUUAGUUUUCAAGUGCCGAUGGCUAUUCAAAGAGGUCCUUGAAUUAUUACAAGCAGUUUAGCACGUUUGUGUUCUACCUAGCUUCAUGUUUCCAUGCCUUCUUUCUAACAACUGUAACAGACUAAGCCCACGUUCGUUUGGUUGGGUGUUUUUAGAGGUUGGAAAAGGAUUCAAUUAAUUGAAUC